UUACCCUUGCCUUGUGCCCCUCUGUUUAGUAGUCACAACAUUCAAAUCGAAUGGACGAUAACGACGAAAUGGAAGCACCGGCGGUGGUGGUCGAUCAUCUGCCGGUUUUUCCUCACCAGAAGGAACCUUUAUCCAUGCUCUUGGUUGAGUAACAUUCGGUUUGAUCAGACGAGCUCGAGCUUCAGCCUGAGCUCGUGCCCGUUCCAUUAUUCGUUCUUGCUCCCUUCGGAGCAUUUCCUCGUGACGCUGUCGUUCCAGCUCUUCAAACGACAGCCUCCUUGAGUCAGGCCUCUGAUCUUCCGUUCUUUGCUGUACAGCUGUCUCAGAGAAGACUGGACGCGCUGGCACUGCGACCGAAGUCGAUGCGGUGGUGGUGGUGGUGGUGGUGGAGGUGGUGGUUGUGGUGGUCGAAGAGGAUGUGGCUCCCAUUCUCCUCGCUUCGAACGCUCUCAAGUGUUCUUGAUAUCUAUCAUAAUGUUCCUGGAUCCGACGACGGCGUUCUUCCUCCAUUUGACGUCGUAGCUCAUAUGGAUCCGGUUGAGGUGGCAGCGGAGGUACAGGAGGCGGUUGUGGAGGUUGCUCCUGCCGUGUUGCCGGAUAUUCUGGACGUCGCACAGGCUGAAGGGCUGGGUACUCCGGUCUCGGCUGUUCCAGCUGCCUCAUUGAAUGCUGCGGUCGAACAGAAUCUGGCUGUUCUGCUGGAUAUUCGCGUCUCCAUGGUGGGAAAGUUGUCGUUACCACUGCAGGUCUCGGCGUUGUCGUUGUUGUUGUUGUUGUCGUGGUUGUCGGGUGAUGAUGGGGAAGUGGUGGAUACAAAUCAUCGUCUUCUGACGAUCCGUCACUAUCAUACUUAUUCAGAUAGUCCCUGA